CCGCACGAGGGCGUGUCGGUCGUAGGAAAGCGUCCGCCAUUUUCUUUUAUUUCCGAUCGAAAUUCUUCGCCAAUUUUCCUGACGUAUGGCGUCAUUUAACAUGACAGUUGAUUGUACAGCAACGUCCGUUUCCGGUGCUAAUAUAAAAAGUUCACAAAACCGCCUUCUGAUCAAGAAUGGUCGUGUUGUCAACGAUGAUGGAAUGGAAGACGCAGACGUAUACGUCGAGGAUGGAAUAAUUAAGCAAAUGGGUCGCAACCUCAUCAUCCCGGGCGGCACCAGGGUGAUAGACGCGACCGGCAAGCUAGUGUUACCAGGCGGUAUCGACCCUCACACGCAUUUAGAGCUGGAGAUGAUGGGCGCGAAGACAGCUGACGACUUCUACACGGGGACCAGGGCAGCGGUCGCGGGCGGUACCACUACCGUCAUUGACUUCGUGUUGCCUCAAAAAGGCCAGUCUCUUAUUGAAGCUUACAACCACUGGAGAGAGAAGGCAGAUAAUAAGGUAUGUUGCGACUACGCGCUGCAUGUUGGCGUUACCUGGUGGUCUCCCGCCGUUGCUAAGGAGAUGCAGCAGCUCUGCUCCGAAGAGUACGGCGUCAACUCCUUCAAAAUGUUCAUGGCGUAUAAAGACACCUGGAUGCUGGAUGACUACCAUCUGUACAUUGCUAUGGAGACCUGCAAACAGUUGGGAGCACUACCGAUGGUGCACGCAGAAAACGGGCACAUAAUCGCUCGUAACACAGAGAAGUUGCUGGCGGCGGGAAAGACGGACCCUGAGGGACACGAGCUGUCCCGUGAUGAAGAGGUCGAAGCUGAGGCUGUCAACAGAGCCUGCGUCAUCGCCAAUCAGGCCAACAGUCCUCUGUACAUAGUUCACAUGAUGUCCCGCAGCGCGGUGAAGGCGCUGGAGAACGCGCGCCCGAGACAGAAGCAGCCUGUGUAUGGAGAAACUCUCGCAGCUACUGUUGGCACUGACGGCUCGCACUACCGCAACGCGUGCUUCCGUCACGCGGCAGGUCAUGUAAUGUCCCCUCCCCUGCGCCCCGACCCUGACACCCCGCAAGCCAUGCUAGAGGCCCUCGCAGAGUGA